AUGGAUGUAGUAAAAACCUUUUUAGAAAGUUGUAUUCAAGAAAUAUCCUUAAACGGGAGACUUGGAAGUAGUUUAAAGGCAGAUUCAUGGAACAAAGUUAAACUAGUUUUGGAGACUUCUCAUGGCUUUAGUGUCACACAAAAGCAGAUAAAGAAUCAUUUUGAUUAUCUAAAAGAAAAAUAUCAAGCUUGGUUGCGAAAAACCAAAAAGACCGACAAUAUUUAUGACCCAGCAACCAAUAGCAUUCUAAUGUCUAAUAGUGAGUGGGAUAAGUACAUACAGGCUCAUCCAAAAGCAAAGGCAUUGAAGACUUCGUCUCUACCCUUCCCAGAUCUUUAUACAAAACUUUUUGAGGGUUCUAUAGCAAUAGAAAUUCAUGGUUGGAGUCCAAGUUGUACAUAUCUCCUCCCUGGUGUCUCUUUUAUAUAUACUACUAUAGGUGUAGAUACACUUGAUAGCAUCGAAGAUCUAGUUGGUAAUAAGAAUGACGGAGCUCCUAAUGAUUAUCCAUCUCAGUCUUCAAUUCCAAUUGAAAAGAAACCUUUGGGAAGAAAAAAAUUCGCAUCGUCUCAAUUGGACACUGAAGAGAAGAUGAGUAUUGCAUUAGAGUUAUUGGUUAAAAAAUAUAACGGGCCUGACAUUGAAGAGUGUAUGGAAAAACUAGAAGAACUUGGAUGGGAAGAACCAUUAUACAGUGCAACAGUUAGUAUAUUUUGUGAAGGUGACAGCUACAGAAAAACAUGGAUGAACAUUAUCAAGGUUGACAAAUUAGAGAAUUGGAUUAAGGCCAUGGGAAAAAAAUGGGGCUUUUUUGAUUUUGCUAAUUAG